AUGGCGGCCGCCGCCCCUCAGCCGCCGGACGGCCCCGCCCUCGCGCCGCCGAAGGGCGGGAAGGGGAGCGUGCAGGCGCGGUGGGGGCGAGGCGGCGGAGACACGGGCGAGCAGGGGCGGCUCAUGGAGGUGCUGCAGAAGGAGGUGAGGUCGCUGCUGAUGGCUGCCAAGCAGGGCUUGAGCCCGGAGCAGCUGGAGCAGGAGUACGCGGCCAUGGUCGGCAGGCCUCUUCCCCUGCGUGACCUGGGCUUCCGAUCCACCAUGGAGCUGGUGGCAGAAAUGCCCAAAGUUGUCAGAGUCUGUCCCAAUGGCAAAGGCAGCGUUGUCCUCAAAGCUAUUGCAGAUGAGACCACCAAAGAGAUUUCCAAACUGAUUGCCAAACAGAGAAUAAGCAGUAAGGCACGGAGUGCUGCGAAGAAAGCAAGUGCAUCUGCCUUCAGGAAGCAGCGGAGUUUCUCUCUAAGGGGCAGGACUCCUGCCCUGCCAGCAGCAGUGAAGAAUGAGCUCCAGGAGCUGCUGAGUUCCUCACCACUUCUGCUCUUGGACUUCAAUAAUGCAUACUCCAGACGCUUUGGGCGGACAUUUCAGUACACGCAGUAUGGGUUUCUCUCCAUGUUUGAAGUCCUCAGAAGCGUAUCGGAUAUCAUUGUGGUUAAGCAGACAAGAGGAGGCUCCUUGUUAACCCUCAAGGAGAACUCAUCAAAUGAGAUGGAGCAGGAAAAGAUGCCACAAGCCCCUGCAGUUGAGAUGCCUCCUUUGGAAUCCAGCUGUGAGACAGAGAGCUUCUAUCAGACAGCAGAAGAAAAGUCAGAGCCACUGGAAACACAAGCAAUACAUUUUGGUGAUCACCUAAAACAACCUCAAGAUUUGGAGCAGUCCCUGCUAGACGAGAUGAUGGUGACCCCAGAAAUCCCUCCAGACGCUGUUCAGGACCGAAGCCUUUGCAGUUUGCCACCACUUGAGAGAAGGUGCUUGGUGGGAGUCUUUGUGGAAUUCAUCGUCUCUCCCAGCCAGUUCUACAUCCGCAUCUGCAGCAAGGAAACAUCUGAUAAGCUGCAGCAUCUGAUGAUGGAGAUGAGACGCUGUUAUUCAAAUAAACUUGUUUCUGAUCGUUAUAUCAUGCCUGAGUCUUCAGUGCAGCCUGGACAGCUUUGCUGUGUAAUGAUCUCAAAAUGGUGGUACCGGGUUGUCAUCCACCGUGUCGUCAGUGACCAGGAAGUGGAGGUGUUCUACCCAGACUAUGGAAACAUAGGCAUUGUCCAAAAGUCUUGGCUGAGAUUCCUCAAGUGGUGCUACUUGAAGCUCCCUGCUCAGGCUGUCCCGUGUUCCUUGGCAUGGGUGAAACCCAUGGAGGGUACGUGGACCAGUGCAGCAACUCUCCAAUUCCAGAAGCUCUGUGUCUCAAAGCUACUUGUGGGCAUUGUGGAUGAAUACCUGAAUGGCAUUUUGCAUCUCUUCCUGUGCGACACAUCCUCUGAGGAGGAUGUCUACUUUCACUGUGUCUUGAGGGACCGGGGAUAUGCAGACGUCUGCGGAGAGAACAUUCCUUCCCAGGGAUUCAAGGAGCUGAAUCUGUCAGCCUUGUAUACUCAACCCAGUGCUAAGCAGGAGGAUGCUGAGCUGGUGGAGCCAGACCUUUGCUUGCAGGAGGGAUCUCUGGAUGCAGACAAGGAAACAUCAAGCUCGAGGCUGGACGGGGAUGAGCUGUGUGACCAGCAGUGCCAUUCCUCUACUGAGGAGGGAUGGGAAGAUGUGCAGCCACUUCCAGAUGAAGUAAAUGUUGCAGGAACAGCAGAUCAAGACCCUGAAUUCGUACAGGAAGAUAGAAAUGAAACUCCCACAGAGCUUAUGGCAGUAGUUAAGACACCUCAUCUUCUUGAAGAGUCCUCAAAGCCUGCUGUUGUCUUCAAGUCACUGGAAGACUUUUACAACUCCUUCGUCUACACCAAGCAACCAGCAGACGUGAGCCAAGAUGACCCUAAUAAGAUAGAAGGAUUUUCCAGCAAGACUGAGCUUCAUGAAGCUCUACAUCCUUCUGUUCUACUUAUGGCAGCACCGUUUAUGCUGGACAACCGUAACAAUGACGAGAAAAUGAAGACCAAAGACCUUCCGGGGAGUCUCGCACUUGCCCCGUGCAGUGCCAGUGGGCUGUCCGACCAGGGGGCAUCGUGGAAACUCUGUGUCCCUCCUACCACGCUGUCUGCAGUGCUGGCAGCUGCCACGCGCUUGGCCACUUCCCAUGGCUACUUCCAGUGGCUCCCAAGCCUGAGAAAGGAGCUGUGA